CCCUGAUCGGCUCCGGCGGCCAGGGCGAAGGCAGCGGCGACACCUGAGGUUUCUCUUCGGGUUUUCGGGCCAGAGAGGGCGAAGGGCGGCCCCCGAGACGCCUGAGUUUGCUGCCCAGGGAGGCACUCGAGACGCCAGAGGCUCCAGCAGGAGGCUAAUAGGGCAGGACGACGGUGACCGAGGCGCCUGCUGCGUCCCAAGCCGAGGGUCGCCGAAGGGGAAAUCGGCGCUUUUGAGACGCGAAAUUCCUCGUCGAGCCGAAGGGGAGAGGGCUCGUCUCCUCCUCAGGGCCAAGGGAGAAAGAGGUCCCUCCGUCUGGAAAAGAGAAGCGCGUGAAACCUUCCCAGUUCGAUGGAGGCUGGAGGAGGAGCUGGAGGACGAGGGUCGCCGCUCCUGUUUGGAGGAGGACUUCAGGAGGCCGAGGAGGAGCCGGAGGAGACGCUCGUGCUCUACUGCGGGAGCGAGGAGGAGGACGAGGCUGCGGGGGGCCAGAGGAAGGCACAGGUGGCCGCCUCGCUGGGCCUGGACCAGGACUUCAGCGAUAGAGACAGUUAUGGUCAAGAUCCACUAUGGCUAGUCAGCAACACCCUCCAGUUGAAUAUUCAGUCGGAGGAUGAUGUUGGUGAUACUGUGAUUCUAGCUGAUUCUGAGGUUGUCAGUGAAGGAGGAAUGCUGGAUAAUGAUGCCUUGCUUCUGCUGAAUGAUUCCGUCAACUUUCUGCCAAUUUCGGAAGGCCUUCCUUCUUCAGAUAAGUUUCUGGAAAGCAUUGACAAUGAGAGGCAGCUAGGCAAGAUGGCAACCCCAGUGAAGAAAUCCUCGGUGAAGCCCCCCAGCAGGGCCAGCCACACUGACUACAACUCAAGGGAAAGGAGUAAGACCAACUUCCCCUCAAGAAACUCCCCAAAGAUGUACUCUAAGGCCAACCAGGGGGAACAGGCACCCGUCAUCAGUGCGGUAUCAAUGGCCAGUCCUGCGUCAGGAGUCAUGAAGGAAAAAACAUUGGUUUCGGGGAAGGAAAAUGCGACUCUAAUGAAGAACCAUCAGGGGAUCGGCACAGUUGUACCCAGUGCCACCUCCAGAACUGUGCUUCAGCUGGAGGAUGGAGUCCACCGAGACCCAGCCGUGAAAUUCAAGCUUGUUGAUAGCUCCAAGUCCUCAGUGGAUGAAGACGACCAGUACGAAGAGCCAUUUGUGGGGCCCUCCCUCCGGUGGCCCUCCCAGCCCAGGAGCUACCGGGGGGCUAAGCAGAGGGAUGGGGGUGUCAUGAGGAAGAAUGUCAGAAAGAUAAUCCCAGGAGUGGACACAGAUGGGGAAACGAGCGGCAUGGGCUCCUCAGUUGAUGAACCUAUUGAGUCAUCAACCGAGUCUGCCUCUGAAGCUCCAGUUGUGACCCCAUCCUUCCUGCAGCCCCGACCUUCCUCUUCUUCAUCCAGGGGACCGUCAACCUCACCCGUAGCUGUGAAGAAAAGGAGAGGAGGAUGGCCAAAGGGUCGCAAGCGAAAACCAGAAAUUCCUGGCGUCAAGCCUCCCAAGGCACCUCUGACGGCAUACGUUCUGUUCCUUAAUGAGCGUCGUAAAUAUUACAAGGAGACACGACCAGAGCUAAGUUUUGGGGCUGUCACCAAGCUUCUAGGAGCCGAGUGGUCAUCUCUUACCCCUGAACAGAAGGCUGCAUUUGUGACUCGUUCUGAGCAGGACAAGCGACGCUACCGCAACGAGCUGCAGGCCUAUCGGCAGUCUCAUGAUUACCAGUUGCUUCUCCGGAAAAAGAGGAUAAAGAAUGUUAUCAAGCGAGGAGGGACAACAACAGAGGAAUCAUCUGACUUUACAGAUGAAAUUGAUGAUGACGAUAGUGAAGAGCUUUAUUGUAGAAUCUGUGACCAGCUGUUCACAUCUCUGCAUAACAAACGAGAACAUCUCUAUGGAAAGCAACACCUGCAGGCCAUUACGGGCGAAUACCAGCGUGAAAGGCUUGCUGAAGAAGAACGUCAGAUGGCAGCAACCGGAGUGUCGCAGGCAAAAACGGGAGACUGCCUCAACUGCGGCUCUCUCAUUACAACUCAAGCGCCAAGUUCUCGAGCAGGCCUGAGACAGCUCCCACCAGGUGUGUGUCCCACCUGCAGUUUCUCUGGACCAACAACAAAUCUUGCUGGCACCAAGACCUCUCCAAGACCCCACAUGGAGGAGGAGGAACAUGAUGGAGAUGAAGAGGAUGAGGAAGAAGAGGAGGAAGAGGAGGAGGAGGAGGAAGAGGCAGAUGCAGAUGAAGAAGGAGAGGUGACAGAGGAAGAAGGGAAUGCCAGCAGGAUGUGCAGCAUGGCAGAUGCCUUGGAGGGCGUGAUGGCCAAGAUGCUGGAACGAGAACAGGAGAUCAAGGCGCUGAAGCAGAGCAGUGAGGAUGCCCGAGCGCAGAAUCUUCAGCUGGCCACGGCACUCCUGCAGCUGCGUGAACAGGAGCAGCAGCUGGACCAGGACCAGGAGGGUCUGCAGGAGGAGAACAACAAGCUGAAGGCUGAAGCCGAUGCACUCUGGAUGCUGCCAGCGUUGUUUGGGGUGACUCCGCUUGACAUGGUGAACAUAACGCUGCGGCACGACCAAGAAAAGGAGGAAGAAGAGGGCGGCCUGCACCUGCUGGACAACACCUAGACCAGAGUUCAACAUUUAGAUCGUAUAUUUAUCAAAAUAUAUAUAUAUAUUUUUUCUUGUGUGUGUAUUUAGAAAGUAAAGGAGUAUGGCAAUGAUCAGAAUAGCAUUCUCUGAAUUUCGAUCUGUGUAAAUUUGAAUACUAUUUCAUGUUGUUUAAUUUUUUUUUUUCUGUCCUGUGAUUGACAUGGUUUGCUAUUAUUAUAUAUACUGUUGAAUUAUGUCACUACUAGAAACUAAAUAUGUAAAUGCAUUGUUGUAUAUAGCGGUCAUUUUUGAGUGAAAUAAUUGUUUUUGAGUUAUUAUUAUAUCCAUACAGAAAGGGAACAUGCUUUAAGUUUUGUGAUGUUAUAUAAUUUAUAAAAUGCCUAUGCAUUAUAUGUGAUGAAUAUAUUCAUGGAGAGUAGCUAGUGUUGACAUUGUAUAUAUAUAAACAAUAUAGGCAUUAUUUUGAAGAA